CGGCCUCGCCUGUGUGGACUUGGCAUGUUCUCCCCAUCCCUGUGUGGCUUUUCUCCGGGCACUCCGGCUUCCUCCCACAUCCCAAAAACAUGCAACAUUAAUUGGACUCUCUGAAAUUGCCCCGAGGUGUGAUUGUGAGUGCGGAUGUUUGGCUGGCAACCAACGGAAUAUGUCGAGACUUCAGUUGCGCAACAGCGCCGCCCGCUGGCUGCUGACAAAAUAAACAGAAAGUCAACAUUGUGAGUAACGGUACAGUACACAAAAUGAUCUCUCGAUCCCUCCGCGUUAUGAUUCUGCACGUGACACCCUAAUGUCGAGCCGUGGGUGGAACGUGUGACGUUGCCAGGGACGCUCGUGGUCGUUUGACAAGUACUUCCUUGAGUUCCAGCACCCCGCCCCCCCCCACCAAAUUCCCUCACGACAACAACAUCGACGUCGCGUUCAGCGAACAUGAAGAACAGGGCGAACAAGAUUUUUACUUUGCUGUUCGUGUUGGACGUCUGGACCGCGGAUGACGCAUUUGCAGCAAGACACUCCCUGAAGUACUUCCUCACCGCAACUACUGGGGUGCAAAACUUCCCCAGUUUUGCAGGUGUCGCCGAAGUGGACGGCAUCCGCGUGGGCUACUGCGACAGCGACAUCCAGUCGGCGGAGCCCAAACAGGGAUGGAUGAAGAAACUGGUCCAGGACGAACCGAAACACCUGGAAUGGUACACGGACAAGUGCUUCGGCGAUCAGAACGUCUUCACGAGCAAACUCGCAACUCUGAGUCGACACUUGAACCACUCCGGAGGCAGCCACGUUUUGCAGCGCAUGAACGGCUGCGAAAUUGAUGAUGACACCGGCGAGGUGGUGGGCUACAACCAGUACGGGUACGACGGCGAAGACUUCAUCGUGUUGGACCUGGAGACCCUGACGUGGACGGCGCCUUCCCCGCAGGCCUUCACCACCAAGAUUAUUUGGGACACAGAGACCAAGAGACUGGAGUUCAACAAGCAAUACUACAUCUACAGGUGCCCCGAGUGGCUGAAGAAGUACUUGGACUACGGGAAGCAUGACCUGCAGAGAAAAGAGCUUCCCUCGAUGGCUCUCCUCCGGAAGACACCCUCGUCGCUGGUCCGUUGCCACGCCACGGGCUUCCGCCCCGACCUGGCCAUGAUGUUCUGGAGGAGAGGCGGCGAGGAGCUCCACGAGCACGUGGAACAGGGACAGAUCCUCCCCAACCACGACGGAACCUUCCAGAUGAGCGUGAACGUCAACGUUUCGGCCGUGCCGCUCGACGAGUGGGGCGAGUACGAGUGCGUCUUUCAGCUUUACGGCGUCGAAGAGCAGCUGGUCCUCAAACUGGACAAGGACGCCAUCAGAACCAACUGGGUCCCACCCCCAAAGUUUCCGAUGGGUGCCGUCAUCGGCGUCGUGGUGGUGGCGCUGAUGGCGCUUCUGCUUGCCGCCGUCGUGGCAUAUUUCAUCCGGAAAAGAAGACUGAACAGCGACUUCCAGGCUCUUAAUACGGGUGUGGAGUCCCCCAAUCCCGAUGAGUGAGACCAGGAUGAGGUCCGGACAACAUCCAAGGUGCUUGCGAAAGAACUGCAGGACCAGAACUUGUUGCGAGAGAAGUCACCCUGCUAAAACAGAAAUCAUUUUUUAACCAAUUAUGAAUUGAUAGUCAUUCUUUUCCUACCAUGACUUUUCUUCUUUUUUUUUUUUUUUACAUUCUAUUUGGUGAAAUAUUUAUUUUUUUUUAUAUUAUGUUUUGACUGUGAACAAGUACAAAAGUACAGAAUAAUGGUAAGGCUAAACAUUACUGCAUUUUUUUUCUCUCCAAAUGAUAUUUGCUAUUCCCCGUAAUGUGAAAAUAAUUUUCCUCUUCCGUUUUUAAAUUUUUUUACGUACCGUGUUCGAAUAACACAUAUAUUUACUGAAUUUUAUAUAUAUAUAUUUGUCAUCACCACGUGACUAAAUAGUCGCAUGAAUGCUUUAUGAAGCUAAAAAAAAAAAAUGAAGAUUACAUUCUUUUGCACAACGAAAUAUUGACAUUGUAUUAGGUCAGUGGGCUGAUUGUUGCCACGCCCCUUUAUGAACUGAAUUUAUAUCGUGAAACUUUAUACAUCACUGAAUAAAUACGAUACAACAAAUACGAGUCAAAAGC